AUGUCCUCUAGAGCUUGUGCGUCCUCUAUUAAGAUUGUGCUAUGCGGCCCCAGCAACGCCGGCAAGACGUCGAUAACAAAACGUUUCAUUACCGACACGUUUGACGAGUACCAGGACACAACAGUUGGUUCAGCAUUCUUUUCCAAGCAGCUUUAUUCAAAGGCACACAACACGAAUGUACGUGUGGAGGUGUGGGAUACUGCUGGGCAGGAAAAAUACCGCGCAAUGGCCCCGAUGUACUUUCGUCAUGCUGCUGGAGCUCUGCUUGUAUUUGACGAGACGGUAUUGAAGUCCUUUGAAGAGCUUGAGGCCGUUUGGCUGCCCGAGUUGCUGCCCCACAUGAAUGACAGUACCGAGUUUAUUGUCGUUUGCGGAAACAAGUGCGAUGCCGUUUUGACCGAGGAACAACGUGAAAGUUUGCAAAAAGCACAAGAGGCUUGUCGUGCAAGGGGCAUAACGUUCUUACAUACCUCUGCGAAGAAGGGACACAAUGUCCACGAGUCAUUUGGGGGUUUGGUAGAUAGAAUUCUAACGAGACGUGAAAAAGAGGCAGCAGCUGCACUGGCUGCUGGAGCAAACGGUGGAGAUGGACGUGCCAAGAGCACCCUGGCCACGAGAAUAGGAAGUGGGGAUAACGGAGGUAUUAAGAGGAGCAACUGUUGUUAA